AUGGCGUCUACCACAGCAGAGACGGUGAGGGACAAGCCCUCCAAGCCUACCGUACAGGACGUUCCCGAAUCACCCACCACAGCUCGCCCCCUCGAGAUGGACGACGACGACGUGCAGGACACGAGCAUCGUCGCCAACGACGCGACGGCCACACCUACCAAGGCUACGGCUGCGGCUACGGCUGCGACGAAACUAACAGUCCCCGAAAGCCAGGUCUCUACAGGCGAAGCCCACACUGCGGCGCCUGGCGACACGGAAGCUCCGCCCGCGAAGCCUCCCCGUCCCAUGUCGGAAGCGCAGAAGAAUGAGAUUAUCCUAAAGGAAGCUUUCCCAUCAGUGGACCAGGGCAUCAUCAAAGCUGUCCUGAGAGCAAGUGCUGGAAAGGUUGAGCCAGCUUUCAACGCUUUGCUGGAGAUGACCGACCCCGACGCUGUACAGAACGAGCCUGAAGAACAGCCGCCAGCGCGCCCUCCUCGUCCGGAGGGACAGGCCCCCAUCUCGCAACUCGAGGCUGACGAGCUCUAUGCUCGCCAGCUGGCUGAACAUUACGACAACGUCGGUGCUUACGAGGCCCGCACCUCGAGCCUGAACCGCGACGGCCGACCGCGCAACCCUGGGGAUGACGACCGUGAGCACAGCUUUCUCGACGACGACCUCCCCGUGAUCCGAGAGAACCUGCGCAAGGGAUUCAUUGACACGCAAACAAAGGUCAAUGGCUGGAUUGCUGGGAUAAGAAAGAAGCUGGAAGAUAGCUUUGACGAGACGGAAGAGCGGACACAGAGUGAGGGCCAGCCCUUCCGACGCCAAGGCGAGGCAAGCCGUCGGAGCGGCGACUACGACCGCUACGAUGCAGACCCGCAGGUUCUCAGCGAUGACUUCGCCGGUAUGCGAUUCUCGUCGGAUGGCCAUCCCACCAACCACCCGUUGUCGAACCAGGGUCUGCACCGACCUCCACCCCCGUCAAAAUCACCCAGACCCGAUGGCCGAAGGGUCGGCUUCAAGGAAGGACAUGAGGAGAUCAACAUGUACGACUCAUCACCCAAAGUGCCACCCAAGGAUAACCCGGCGGCGGUCAGCAAGGCCAGCAAGUGGCAGCCGCUGUCCACCGUGGAGCCUGAGCCUAUCACGGACAACGAUCCUUUCAGCCUAGGCGACAGCGAGGACGAGAAGGAGGCCAAAGAGACGAAGUCUAAGGAAACCAAGGAGGACAAGGAUGGCGGGGCGGCAAAGGUCGACGAGACAGCGGAGCGCGUGAAGAAGGCGACGGCCGAGGCCAUGGCGGACAGCUUAGCUGAACCAACCAAGGCAGAAGAGGCCGCGGCCAAGAAGAACUGA